UUUCGAUCUGUUCUCCGCUCAUCUUUCUCUCCCAUCGUGACAAGUGCAGUCAUAUACGAGUCAUGAAAUCAUCAGCAAUUGAAUGACUUCAAAUAGAAGAGGCCCAGCUGAAAGCUUGGGGCACCAACGCCUCGAAUUUGGAUCACAUCCAUUGAUGUCUUUCGAGAUUCGGGACAUCCAACACACGUAAGCACGAAUACUUGCCCAGUACUGGUAUUAAUCGCCAAGUACACGAUAGGGGGAAAUAUAAAUACCCCCUAUUGAUUCUACCCACAACUGCAUCAAUGGCUACCAACUCCGAACUCGUUGAUGGCAGCAGUACACCUCCGGCGUAUGACACAAUAUUCUCAGCAAGCCCCAUUCAAUGCGAUCAAUCAUCAGUAUUUUCCUCUCGUCGCAUGAAGAAGAAACGAACAGCCGUUCUGUCCCGCAUCCGUGAUAUCGUCUUAGGCCCUGAUUUCACCCCUUCUUCUGUGGUUCCAAAUGUCAAUGCCUGCGCUGCUGCCCUCCCAGCUGCCGAGUUCUCCAAAAUCCUGCAAAAACGCAAUAUCGAGGGCCACACAGCACUGUAUUGGGCGAUUGUGAACAAUCGGCCACAAGCUCUUUGGGCGUUGAGGAAGUUCAUUUCCGGUCAUUAUUCCUCUGUUUGUGAGGACGACUUACACAUUGCAUGCAUAAUAACUAGCGACCAUGCAAUUUUUAGCCAGCUAACUCUUGGAGUUCGAAACGAAGACUGGUAUUUAGGUUGCUCGCCAGAUCGGAUUCAGGUACAUGCAUGCGAUGAACCCACCAACCAGUUUAACGUUGUUCUGCGAAUCGGGAUGUUCCAAAAACGCCUGCGCGUUGCUACUAGUCGUCGUGCAGGGUUGAAAUACAAUUUUGUUGCGGGGGGACGCAUAUGGUUGCUGCACUUCCACAUGCCAGUGCCUACUAAUGGAAUAUGGCGCGUCGAGAUUGGUCUUUGUCAGUAUAGUCUUCCAGCGCGUUUCAACGCUGUACUUGUGAUCGAGCCGCACAACCGGAAACCUGGCACUGGUGCAGCCCCACCUGAAGCACUGAAAAUUUCAUCAUCAUUGGCGAAUACAAAAUCUGUGGCCCUUGCACCCUGGCUAACCCCUGACGGUCGUUUCAUUCCGAUUUUUCGCUUGAACAUGACAUGGAGCAUAUCGAAUAAGCUGGGCGACUGGGUAAUGCACGAUGAGACGGAAUAUGUAGAUGCUGAGGGCACUCUAGAUGCGAAGCUGGAGAUGUCAUUGUUAUGAAUCCAAUGUUAAUAGCUGAGGGCACACUGUCAUAUUUAUUCGUACUAGGAUAGUAACAAACAAGUUUUUCAUACUCAGCAAGGAUCCUUGUCCCCCACGUGCUAACCCUCCCAAAAUCGUAGAUUCAUUUAACUAACCUCUUAACCGGUUAAUUAUGUAUUUGUAUCUUC